CGUAUCUCAAAGUUUUAAACACGCACAGGCAAUAACUCUCUUGAUUAUGGAGAGAAUGUAUCUGUUAGCCGCUGAGAUGACAAUGCUUACAUUCUUGUCUUCUGUAACGCAGCAUUCGAUUCAUGAUGGCAUACCCGCAGCAGAGUCGAGGUCUGAUGCGCUUAUUGAGUGUUUUAUCUCAGAUACAAUCUCUGCAACUUAUUUGGGGACAUGAGGCCGAUGAUAAAGAACUCUUGGACAUGGUGGAGAGCCGGACCUUGAAGAUGCCCAGUCGCGGAAGAGGGGCGCCUAAUGUAAGCGUGAAGGAGAAUACGAAAGGUGCCCUGUGGCGCUCGGUUAGGACAGUAGAAAAGCUGUAAUUCAUAUUUUGAGUAACAUUUAGCGCCCGCAAAGGGGCCGCCGCCGCAAACUACGGGAGAAUGCUAAUGUCUCUAUUUUGCGUGACUCUGCUAAAGUGGCCCCAAUGCAUCCCGCGUCUUAAUUGCGAACAAAACUGGGGGUAAACAGCAGCUAGAUAUAACGAAGUUUAAGCGCGCCUAUCAAUAGGCCUUCGAAUGUCGGGAGAAGUGCUUCGAUUCGGUAUAAUAGUUUUGGCGUGUGGAACAAAUGCCUCUAGCAACUGCGGAGUGGAGUUAUUUGAGAUUUGAACGGAGCACCAUCUAAUGUGCUGUGAAGCUAUUUAAGCAUAUCCGUAUUAAUAGAGUACAUGGUGCUGUGAAAAGG